CACUGCUCUAAUUUAUUAGCCAGCGUUAGCUAGUCCAGAGACGUUAUAAACAGAUAGCUGUAAAUUGAUGGCUAACGUUAGCCAGUUAGCCUAUGCUCCGUAGGUGUCAUUUUAUUGUAUUGCUGGCAAAGACAGGUUAGUAGAAGGUCACCAGCAUUCGAAAAUGCUGGAAAUGUUGCUGUCUUUUUAAAAUAUAUCAGCUGACGUUUGAUCGUACGUUGAAAUACGUCUGUUCGCUGUAUGGAGUGUCGCAAAAGACAUUGCAGUAGUUGAAGUUAUUUACAACCGGAAGUAGGUAACUCUAGGUUUAUUUAAUCCAACCAGUGUCCUUUGACUUUUGAUUGACGUUUGUGCCGACCAUUUACAGUUGUAUGCUUGUGCGAUGGCGCUUGCAUGAAUUUUAAUAGAUAGAAGCAUCCCAUUCCGGUGCAUAAUUUGAUCAUGUCGCAUACAGGGUGGUUCGGUGUCUAUAAAACGGGUAGUGCAAUAUUGUGCCAUGUGCGAUUAAAAGAAUUUCUUCAUUUGUAUUUCGGCGGCUUGUUGCUGGUAUUAGCGGGUCUCCACCAGGCUGAAGGAGCCAGCUCCGAAAUGCCAGCCCUGAACUGGAAACCGUUCAUCUACGGGGGGAUGGCCUCCAUCGUUGCCGAGUUCGGCACCUUCCCCAUUGAUCUGACCAAAACCCGGCUGCAGGUACAGGGCCCGUCACACUGCAUGGAGGUGCGCUACCGGGGCAUGUUCCACGCGCUGCGCCGGAUCGGACAGGAAGAGGGCAUACGGGCGCUCUACUCGGGGAUUUCCCCAGCCCUCCUGCGCCAAGCCUCCUACGGGACGAUUAAGAUUGGCACCUACAACACAUUAAAGAAGCUGUUUGUGAGUCGCCCUGAAGAUGAGACCAUAGUCAUUAACGUGUUCUGUGGAGUGGUAUCAGGAGUCCUGUCCUCGUCAUUGGCCAACCCCACAGAUGUGCUGAAGAUUCGCAUGCAAGCGCAAGGCGCCCUGAUGCAGGGCAGCAUGAUGGCCAACUUCAUGAACAUCUACCAGACAGAGGGCACCCGUGGCCUGUGGAGGGGUGUAAUACCUACAGCACAGCGAGCGGCCAUUGUUGUUGGGGUGGAGUUACCUGUAUAUGACAUCACGAAGAAGCACCUCAUUGGUUCAGGAGUGAUGGAUGACAGCAUCCUCACACAUUUUAUCUCCAGUUUCACCUGUGGCCUGGCGGGGGCGCUGGCCUCCAACCCAGUGGACGUGGUGCGUACGAGGAUGAUGAACCAGCGGGUGUUGUCAGGCAACCCGCUCUACAAAGGCACGCUGGACGGUGUCAGGCAGACCUGGAGAGGCGAGGGCUUCUUUGCACUCUACAAGGGCUUCUGGCCCAACUGGCUUCGUUUGGGCCCCUGGAACAUUAUUUUCUUCAUCACAUAUGAGCAGCUGAAGAAGCUUCCUUUAUAGCCGGGCCAGCAGGACGGCCCUAGUUGGACUGGGAUCUGAACCGUCUCCCUGAAUGUCUUUGCACAUUCACCAUCACUCUUUGAUCACGCGUGUGUGUAUAUGCUCCACAAAUUAGUUACGUUUUAUUUGAAUGUUUUUUGUGCGCAGUUUCAUUUUUGCUUUGUUUGUUUUUAUUUGUUUUUAUUUAUUUAUUUAUAUAUUUAUUUAUUGUCACACAUUUCACGUAGCUCAUUUGCUCCAUAGGACUCCAUCCCCAUCCCCGCUUCCCUUCAGAUCCCCUCCCUGGCAGCUACAAAUAAAAUGUUGGUCCCUUUCAGACCACGCUGGAAUCCACAGUACGGGGGAAAACCUAGUAACAUAGUGAGCGAGCGACACUUGGAAUUUGAUUUAUAUUUAAAAAAAAAUAAUGAAUUAAGCAAUAGUUUUUAUUUGGCCUGCCUUUCUUUGAAUGUUGGUGGCAGCCCCACUUGGGAGUGUGGAGCUGUGAUGGUGGUAUGUGUAGUAAGGUUGGGUGGCAGUGAUCAGGACCGCGGCUGAAGUCACUGAAACGUAACUGUGCACUGCAGACACACACUCUUGUGUCAGUGGUCAGUGGUCAGAUGGUCCCCCUUGAUGUAAUCCUACUUCUGGUAGAUCCUUCCCCAAAGUGAUCAGAUGCUCCAGCGGAAGCCCCCCUGUGCACUGCAGACACACACUCUUGUGUCAGUGGUCAGUGGUCAGAUGGUGCCCCCUUGAUGUAAUCCUACUUGUGGUAGAUCCUUCCCCAAAGUGAUCAGAUGCUCCAGUGGAAGCCCUAAAAUGCACCUAGGUUUAAGAUACAGUAGGCAGCAUGUACAUCUAGUAGUAGUGAAGUUAAAUGCCUUUUUUCUUUCUUUUUUUUUUUAUUACCCAAAAUAAAAUAAUAGGUAUAAAAAAAACACCUCUUUAGAUGAAUUGGCACCUUGGGAAUGUGUGCACAAAUGUCAUCUGCUGCCUUGCCUAUGUAAAAAAAAAAAAAAAAAAGGAAUUUUCAAGAUGUUUCGGAUGUUUCUAGGCAAUGGCCUUUUCAGUCUUACAUUCAACACUUUUUGGCUUAACCAAAUUGCUCACCACAUUUUUUGUUCCAGUGCUGCCUAUGGCACCUUUUAAUGCCUGUCUUCAUAUUUGUUCAGGAAAUAAUCUGAGAUCGCUGCCAGCUUGGUUUAUACUCUUCUCUUAGAGGAGGUUUCCUAUGGCAAAGAGCACACACACGUAAACUGAGGAACCUGUUAGUUAGUUUGUUUCAGCCAGACACACACACACACACACAGGACAGGACAAAUAAAAGGAUCCUACUCCCUCAGCCAAUGAGGCUCCUUAUGGGGCCUGUGCUUCACCCAGGAGACACUGAACUUCACCCAUCUAGGCUGGAGGGCAGAACUGGUGUGUUGUGGACCCGUAGCUAUGUUCGGCAUGACCGGACCCAAAACUGAAUUCUCAUCCCAGUUUUUUGUGAUCCCAAAAAAUCCGAUUUGAGCUGCAUGUGGGCUUUUGUCUUCAACCCAAUAAUGUGAGUGUGAUGGAGCUUUUCCCCAUCAAAGUCUGGAACAAUUCAAGGACUCUAGAAGUGUCCAAAACUACAUAGUAAGAUUUGUGAAUAUUUUUUUGGAAUAAGUAAUCUGGAGACACUUUGAUGAACUUGAAUAUGUUACUUGUUUGUUUUUCUGAGCCAAUAUGGUUUGUGUGUAAUGUUUUUUUUUUUUCAUCUUUCCUAUUAUUAUU